CCUGUCGUUGCCGCUGCCGCACUAUCUAUCCCUCUCCCCCAUCCCCUUCAUCAUAAACGCCGUAACAAACUGACUGUAGGGCGGUGAUGAUGAAUCGCGGGUGUUAAAUCCUCCUAUACUGCGUGUCCGAAGGGCACAGCUGCAGGCAGAGCAAAACAUUUGCAGGAAUGAUUCUGAAUCUGGACACCUGCCAAACACCAAAAUCUUGGUGCAUAGCCUACACAUGGAGUAAAAGCGACAUUGAUAGGUGGUCUACCCCGAGAGCCAUCCAGCAAACAGCCUGAUGGACGAGGACACACCGCGCUGUUUUGACACCGAAACGCUCUAAAUGCAGAACAGAGACGAGCGGAAAUGUUUCUGAAUACGACGCAUUUGAUGUGAGGCGGAACGACGCGACGCCCGCUCAGUGUUUCAUGAUGAAUUUGACCACCCUCAUGUCUGAUAUUCUUUUCGACUCGAUUUUUCUUUUUUUUAUUAUUUAUAUUCGCGUUGCCCUGCAGUAAAUCUGAAGCCCUAAGAGGAGGAUGAAAGCGUCGGUAUUUGUCGUGGUCAUGUCCUCCGUUUUUUAUCAUCCCAGUUUUGCCUUCAGUUCGCAUUUCGACCCAGGUGGCUCCCCACUGAGUGAACUGUCAUGGCCGUCCUCUCUGGCAGUAGUGGCUGUCUCCUUCUCUGGUCUUUUUACAUUCGUCUUCCUCAUGCUGGCCUGCCUGUGCUGCAAGAAGGGGGACAUCAGCUUCAAGGAGUUUGAAAAUACAGAGGGGGAAGAGUGCCAAGCUGACCUUUCCACUUUAGCCUCUCCCAGCUCUCAGAACGACCCUGAGGUUUACAUCCUGCCCCUCACAGAGGUCUCACACCCUCUGUCCAAGCAGCCACGCAAAUCAUUUCAGCUGCUGAAGUCUGUCGAUCUUGGAUGCCACAGCCUACUCUACAUAAAAGAAAUCGGACAAGGCUGGUUUGGCAAAGUUUUACUAGGGGAGGUGAAUGCUGGACUCAGUACCACACAGGUUGUGGUUAAGGAGCUAAAGUCUAGUGCCAGUGUACAGGAGCAGAUGCAGUUCCUUGAAGAGGUCCAACCUUACCGGGUUCUCCAGCAUCCUGCCCUGUUGCAGUGUUUGGCCCAGUGUUCAGAAGUCAUGCCCUAUCUGCUGGUUAUGGAACACUGCCCCUUGGGAGAUGUUAAGGGAUACCUGCGCAGCUGUCGGGCGGCAGACACAGUGACCCCUGAUCCUUUGAUUCUUCAGCGAAUGGCAUGUGAGAUUGCAUCUGGCCUUCUGUACCUGCACAAACACAAUUACAUUCACAGUGACCUGGCUCUCAGGAAUUGUUUGUUGACCUCAGAGAUGGCAGUGAAAGUUGGAGACUAUGGUCUUAGCCACAGCAAGUACAAGGAUGACUAUUAUGUGACAGCAGAUCAAAUAUGGGUUCCACUUCGCUGGAUUGCACCAGAACUUAUUGACGAAGUCCAUGGCAAUCUCUUAGUAGUGGACCAAACCAAGGCCAGCAAUGUCUGGUCACUGGGUGUAACGAUAUGGGAGCUGUUUGAACUGGGUAACCAGCCUUACAGGCACUAUUCUGAUAGGCAGGUUUUAACAUACGCUGUGAAGGAACAGCAGGUCAAACUGCCAAAGCCCCUGCUGAAAGUGCCUCUGUCUGAGCGCUGGUUUGAGGUAAUGCAGUUCUGUUGGCUACAGCCUGAGCAGAGGCCUGUGGUGGAGGAGGUUUAUCUACUGCUGAGCUACCUGUGUGCUAAAGGUGCCACUGAGGCUGAUGAAGAAUUUGAGAAACGCUGGAACUCUCUCAGGCCGAGUCUGGGCUUCAGCAGCUCUCACAGAACCCGUGCACCUGAGGCAGCCUCUUCCAAUUCCUCCUCAUUUCCUCUACUUGAACACUUCUCGAUGGCAGACAGCUUCCAGUCUGAGAGUGGGGAUGACAUAUUGACUGUAACUGAGACCAGCCAGGGGCUCAACUUUGAGUAUAAAUGGGAGCAGGCCCGAGCUGAGCAGCCCUACUGCUCCUCUUCAGCUAAUGGACCACUGGGAAAAAUUAAUUCACAUUACCAAGAUGUCUAUUACCCUCUUAGCAAUUCCACAGGUAGCUGCAAGGGUGGGAGCCUCCCUCUUGGGGUCUCUCCAUCCUACUAUGAGUCAGACCAUCCUGGGGUGGUUCCAGUGUUGAGUGCACACAGCCCCUCAGUAAGUAGUGAGUAUUACAUCCGCAUUGAGGAGCCAGCUGAGUGUAAUAUCAACUUAGAGGACAGCACUCUCAAUUACAGUCCAAGAGUUGAUGCCAGCAACAGCUUGUCCAUUAUGAGCAGGAGGAGCCCAAUUGGGGCUCAGCCAAAUACCUACUGGUCAGCUGCUAAAGAGCCCAUCAGUAAUGAUUAUGAUUCAGAUAGUAGCCCAACCAUAGAGCCACUCCAAAGAAGAGUGCCAAACUCUGAAGAGACAGACCAGUCUGAGUAUUUCUCUUCCAAUGACAGGCAAAAUUUCCAGGGUGAACAGUCACCACAAGAUGUUCGUUUGACUGGAGGUCAUGGUUCAGACUCUCAUCAGCAGAGAAGAGAGUCGGAAGGCCUCUGCCAUCAAUUGGAGGUGGUACAGGAUGGCCAACUUGGCGUUUCUGUCUCUUUUAGCAGUCCCAGCUUGGCACGCUGUGACCCCUACAUUGAGUCUAACCAGAGAGCUGCAGAAAAGAGUAUAGCCAACGAGGCCUACUAUGACAUGAUGGGCCCCCUACAAAAGAAUGUACCCAGACCCCACUACAUGAGUAUUGAUAUUGAUGCUGGGGAUGGCCUUCUUCUGGGCAGUGUGAGUGCCAAUCCAGAAGACGAGGAUGAUCUUUUCUCUCAGAAUGGGUUAACUAACUGGAACUCAAACCACUCGGCAAACAACAACAGUUUAAGUGAUCGUAUGAAAGCUGUUGGUUUUCAAGAUGCAUACUUUGAUUUACGUCACCCCACACCCUCCACUUAUGUCGAGAAACUGAAAUCAAGUGUACUGGAAACAAGCAACAGUUGUACCUAUAAUUACAGUGAUUCUCUCAAAGUUCACUCAUACAUGGAAGCCACACAUAGUACACCCAUCAUUAGCAAUUCUCACUCAGACUCUGAGGGUGGAGAUUACCUACAUCUGUGCCCUGAAAUUAGUCAGGAUGUUGAAUCAACUUCCAAAUGUCAUCCUGUCACAGAAAGUCAGCAUAUUCAUACACAGCAGAAGAACAUUGGUCAUAAACAUAUCAAAGACAACACAUCAGGCCUCCUUGUAAGUGGUCACAGUGGAAUUAAUCCAUCGACUCUUCCAAUGGAGAUUGUAGUGACUAAAGAAAACAUGUUAUUUGAAACAAGGAUAUCACCUGCACAAAAACUGAAACUUGGAUCAGUUGGUUCCACUGGAGUGCGUGUAAAGAUGGUAUCAUGCCCUAAGAAUCUCUCUGAGACUGUCUCAGAGUGUAGCAAUUUAACAGAUGGCACAAUGGGGCCCCUCAACUCCAGUAUCAGCUUGGUGGAAAUGAACGACUGCAGUGAUGAUGUCACUGACAUCACCUCUGGGGUCUUUGCAGAUUAUCCCUUGGACUAUGCAGAGGUGGGCAAUAUUGAUGUGACUCAUAGACCAUUUCAGAGGGAAACUGGGUCUAGACACCACGAGGACACAAUUAACCUUGCCUCUAGCAGCAGUCCAUGUGAGGCCUUCAGCCCCGACAGUUACCACACAACCAUUCAGCCUAAAUCCCUAGAUAGUGGAUAUGACACUGAGAACAAUGAAUCCCCAGAAUUUAUCAUAAAAGACCUUGAAGGCAAUCCAGGCCUUAGCACCAGUGUGGAAUCAGAAGAGUGUGACAUUGUCCUCCAGAUGGAUUUAGAUGAAGAUGUUAAUGUUAUGCUCUUAGAUUCAUCCAGUAGCAAUCAUAUACAGCUGAUCGGCCUUUGUGAGAGAAACCAGUACAGAGACUCUGCUUAUUUUUCUGACUAUGACACAGAAAACGACAAGAGCCCUAGUAAAGGGGGUCGAAACUUUGUUUGCCAAGACGAGGAUGAUGUUUUUGAGCUCAAAGCCGAAAAAGAGGGCUCAGGAAAGACAGUUGGGAGAAAUAGACGUAGUGCAGAAAGAGAGGAUGGAUUUGACAUUUCUGCAUCAAAGGACAACAGUGUUGUGCUUCAUGCUAAACAAUUGUGUCUUAAAAGAGCAAAUCAAGAUGUACCAGCGAUUUCCAUGCUUUCCCCCUUUCCUCCAGAAAUGGGAGGAUGCUUGACCAAGGAGUCCACCCCAGAUGAUGGUAUUGGGCUCGAAUCUGAUCACUCUGGAGAUGACCCUAACUCUGAAUGCUACUCCUCCACCGUGUACGAAGGGUCCACUUCAACGCAAGAGGCCACAGGAAUGGAGCACCAGGCUAAUGGAGAUUAUUUGUCGGCAGAAUCACUAGGCUCGGACUCCACCAUUGUGGAGUUCAGUGGGGAGAUAAUCCAAGCAGAGGAGCAGGAGGCCUGUAAUAACAAAGGAGACAAUCCAGAGCUUCCAAAUGAAGGGAAUAACAAGGAAAGGGAAGAUAUAGUCAAUGCAGUGGAAGAUAACGGCAUAGGCCAGGCACUUUCAAGACUAAAGCGAGAUGAGUCCCUGGAAAACAUUCUUCCUGCUUUGCCAGAAGAUAUAGAUGUUCCAGCUCCAUUGGGAAAUGGGGAGGAGGCAGAUGAGGAGGAUUCGGGGGAUAGUGAUGAGUCUGACGAAGAACUUCGUUGCUACAACAUACAGGAGCAGAGUGAUGAGAGUGAUGAAGAGUUCCCCAUGGUGCCUGUCAUUGUGAGUGACCGUAGCAGUGCACGUCAUCUGCGCAGCCUCCUCAAAAUACCCUCUAUACUUACACAGUCCUUCUGCGAUGAGCUGGAGAGCAAGAAAAAAGCUGUGUCAUUCUUUGAUGACGUCACUGUUUUUCUGUUUGACCAGGAGAGCCCCACUGGUGAUCUUGGAGACUACAAUUUUCCUGUGGAAGCAGAAUCCAAUUGUCAAAUUUCAGAGAUAGAGUCACCACAAUCCCAGGAUAGGGUCAAUGCCACUGAGGAUUCAUCAGGCAGGAAUGUCCCUCAAAGAACAGGUGGGGCAUUUGGGUGGCAAGAUGAUUUUUCAUUGAUGACAAGCCCCUCAACAUCAGAACCUGGAUCUGAAGAAAUCACAACACCCCCCAACUCUCCAGUCAAAUCUCCAGAUGAAAAACCAGCACAGCCACUCUCCCGAUUUAAUGUCUCUCGUUUCUCCAUCACGCAUGUGUCUGACUCCCACAUGAACUCCAUGGGAGGUAACAGUGAAAAUGGAGACCAGGAGUGAAGGGGUCAUUUUAACCUAUUAAAUGAUGUGUUUAAAACCUCUUUGGUUUGAUUUGGCCUGAUCAGGCUAUGGGUUCUCCUGUAUUGCUUUUUUAUUUUUAUUUUUUUAACGUGCUGGACGAAAGGGUCCUGUGAACCUGAUAUGCUGUUUGGACAGAGUGCCUCAUAUUGUAGUGGAUUGACAGUAGCCUUCUUUGUGUUCCUAGACAUAUGGUGGUUAAGUGACAGUCUUUUGAGGACAACCGUUAUAAGAACAGAACAUAAAUCUAUGUAUCAGAACAUAUUUAUUAUCUAUGUAUUACAAUCAUGAUGUAUGUAAAUGAUAACUUGUUUGCACAAUUCAAUAUCAUUACCAUGUUUAAACCAUACUUUUUACACACACACACACACACACAUACACACACACACACACUCACUGUAGGAAACAAAAUAGGUGCAAGGCUGCUCUCCUCAUUUGCUUGUCAUAUGUCCCAUGUUGUCAAUCUGUGGUUAGAGCCCCAAAGAUCUUAGUGCUUUAAAUGUUUCAGGUCGAGGGCCAAUGAGCCCCUAACCACACACCCCCCCUCCCCCCGCCCCCACACACAUGGAAAAAACAUUGAUGGUGCAGAAUCACAUCCUAUACUGUAAACCCUAAUGUUGACAUUACUGGAAAAAUCAUGUUGUCUUAAUUUAAAACAUUACUUGAAAUGUCAAGUUUUGGGCUCAUAAGUCACAUAUCUAUGUUCCUUGAACUUAUUUUUCUUAAAAAUCCAUAGAUUUUAAGAGUCAAUAACUCAAACUGUUGAGUCUUGGUCAAUGGGAACAUAUUAGAGCAUUUAAAUAGUAUUAUGUUGUUUUGUUGCAAAUAGUGAUGUCACCAUUACGGGGAUCUGUGUCCCCUUUGGUCAAUUUGGACCCUGUUAACACUAUCUCAGUUCUCCUUGUACAUGUGCAACUGAGUUACAGGUGUCUAUACAUAACUGUGGAGAAAUAAGUUUAUUUUAUGAUUGACCUAAAAUCAGUUAUAAUAUUCUUUAUUUAAGCUUAUUGUAUGAUCUAAAUUUGAGUCCAUUCAAUUGAUAUUAUUAAGCAGAAACAACAUUUACAUAGAAAAUCUGUGUUACGUCUACAUGCAUCUAGUUUCCUUGACUUAAAUAGUUAAGUUCAUUCUAUAUGAUCACCAAGUUAAAUGAACAAGUUUUGGAAACGCCAUCACAAUUUAAUUGAGGGAACAAAUUUACUCAAUCAGUUGAGUAGUCAGCUUAUUAGGGUUUUAAGUAUAUACAAAAUUGCAAGCUGCUCAAAUAAUUAUUGAAAUAUUUUCUAUUUUUGAUUACUUUUAGCUCAAAUAUUUUAGCUCUGGGGUGUUAAGGGUGUUACAACAGUAGAUAUUGAAGAUAUAAACAAUCAAGCUUCAAAGUAUUUACACAUUCUGCUGUUUUUUUAAUGACAAACAACUUUAUUUACUAUGAACAAGUAAAAGCAAUUUGUUUGUUUGAACUGAGAAAUGUUCUAUAAAUCUCUUUCUUUAUAAUUUACUACUCCACACAAAUCAAGAGCAUAUUUAUAUCUUAAUAAAUGUGCAGUUAGUUCCUCUCUGGCUAGAUAUUCAUUUCUCUUAUAACAUAGAUAACUCCUCUCUACAUACAUAAAACCUUUUACAAACUACAUUUAUACACUAGAGGACUUGUUAUCUCUGAGAAGUAAUGAAAGUACUGCAGAAGAAUAGGCACUAAAAAAGUAAAUGGCAACAGAUGGUACUUGUGAGACAUUUAAUGGUGCUUAUCAAGAUAAAAUGUUUAGGAAGGAGUGAUGCCUAGCAAACAGUCUCGGGCAUGAAUAAUAUUUGCUUUGAAUACGAGAGCUACAAGGAAUGAGCGAAUAAACAGGGCUACUGAAGUUCUGCACUUUAAAGUAAACAUUAAUCAAAAUUGAGCUUAUUUACUUAAUGCACUUUCCUUGUCUUACUGUGCACAAUUUGUUUGUCUUCAUAAUCUUUAUUCAAAAUGUAAUUUCAAUCCAAACAAUUCUGAUGAAUAAAGUCAAGUUCCGUCUUA